CCCUCCUUCACACUCCACAAACUGUCUUGCGCGUUCAAGAUGCGAGAUUGCCUGAGCAAUAGUUCCUCUCGCGACAGGCCUAAAUUUGAUUCUGCUCGGUUAGUGAGAGAACAAUUCUCCAAAUUCUGCUUCCUAACAAAUUAUAUUUAAUUUUGUAAUUUUCCAUGUGGAUAUAUCAUUCAGUCAUUUGAUAAGUAUAAUGAGGGGUCUUGGCUUUGAAGCCUGUUUAUUGUCGUUGACACAGCUAUGCAUCCUCAGUUGCAUAUUACAAACAGUUCUUACGCAGGAUGCUUCGCCAUCAGCAGCUUUAAGGCAGAGAAUGCCAUGGCAACACAACGGGCAGGUGUUUAGUAUACUUAGCCAAGGUUCUGAAUAUCAGCCAUCGGGACGAAGAGACCGACAAACAGGUUCAGCUCAACGGAAUCACAUAGUUGUCGUUAUCAACAAAAAUGAGACGGCUGAAGAGACGAAUGUGCACAGAAACCCUGCGCCAAGAGGCUCUCCAAGGCGGCCAGCGCCGGGUGUGCAAUUACGCACCGCGCGUCGACGUCCUAAUGGAGCGAUUAGACAUGAAAGACCUCAAGACAGCCGGGAGACUGCUUCAAGACCUGGCCAUGAUGCAGGCGAUGGAUCAAAUCCCACCGACGACAAACCCACAUCUACUAACUCUCCACCAUUGACCGAUUUGAGAAGAGAGGAUAUGAUGGUUGGAGAUGACCCGAACAACCCCUAUAAAUCCAUUGGUUAUAAUCCCUAUAACCCCUAUUAUAAUUAUUAUGAUGCUUACUACAGACCUAGAGCCAGAAGCAGAGAGCCGCAUGGUUAUGGCACAAGUUAUCAUCAACACGGAGGUCUCCCUGACUUGGUGCCAGACCCAUACUAUAUUCAAGUUUCCUCCUAUAUCCAGAGGUCACCCAUGUACAAUCUGAGAUGUGCAGCCGAGGAAGGUUGCCUCGCAAGUUCUGCUCGGGGCGUGGCCGACUACGACACCCGGGUGCUGCUGCGGUUCCCCCAGCGCGUGAAGAACCAGGGCACUGCUGACUUCCUGCCCAGCAAACCUCGCUAUGCCUGGGAAUGGCACAGCUGCCAUCAUCACUUCCAUAGCAUGGACGAGUUCAGUCUGUACGAGCUGCUGGAGACCGGCUCCGAGAGAAGCGUGGCCGAGGGACACAAGGCUAGCUUCUGUUUGGAGGACACGUCAUGUGACCCGGGAUACUACAGACGCUUCGCCUGCACGUCUCACACUCAGGGAUUGAGUCCUGGAUGCUAUGACACCUAUAAUGCCGAUAUUGACUGUCAGUGGAUUGACAUUACUGAUGUGACACCUGGGAAGUAUAUUCUUAAGAUCACUGUAAACCCAGGUCACCAGGUUCCAGAGUCCAACUUUGGCAAUAAUGUCGUUCGUUGUAGUGUUCAAUACAGCGGCACCUCUGUCCAGGUUUCAGGGUGUACUGUUACAUCGUACUAAGAACAAAGGAAACACCACAGAAGAAGCUUUACAAUGAUUUGCAAAACAAGACAACAAUCAUCAUGGACGGACAAUCAAAUAUGAAGACAUUAUUGUUUACAAUAUGUAUUGGUCUGAGUUUCCCGCAAAGCGUAACAUUUAUUUCUUUAUUUAAUUUUUUUUAAACUUUAUAAAUAUUCUAGGUUUAAACAAUAUCAUAUUACAGUAUUCACCCUUUUUUUAAGCAUAAUGUGCAAAGUUGAUAGAGAAAGGUAAUGGAUGAGAAAGACAUACUGUAGGAAGUAUUUCACUGUUGACGAAGCAUGUGACAUAACAUUUUAUUUGAUUUUAAAUUUGAUCUUCACAAGCAUGAUUUUGUUUGGAAUGCUAAAAGGUUUGAAUGAUUUGUUGUGAUACACAUUAUAUUGUUGUUUAGGUGCUAAUUUAAGAUUUUUACUGUAUGGAAGUUCUAGUAUAAUGGAUAUAUUUAAUCAAAUGUUGCCAUUUUAAACAAUGUUUACAUAUACGUGAAAUAUUGGUGCUACAUUACUUGGGUUAUGUAAUAAAUAUUGGUGCUACAUUUUGAGACUGGAGGAAAGUUAAAAUAGUUGUUUAAUUGGGAAUAGAGAGAAUUAUUUACUUGUUUGUGUAUAUACACAUUUGCAUUUGAGUCAUUUAGCAGAUGUUCUCAUCAACAGUGACUUACAGUAGUGAGCGCAUUUUGGAUUUUUUCCAUGCAGGUAACAAAACACACUUUUAUUAAGCUAGUUCUACUGAAAUUCUAACCAUACUGUACAUAUUGCUGGGCUCAUGUGUAAGUUUUCCAUUCAUGAUACAACACAAAGAUCUGCAAAUGUAUUGUGAAUGCAAUUUAAAUAAAGUUUGGAUUUGUUUUGAAAUUUCA